CAACAUUGGUUGUUUGCUAGAAACGUACCGCAAUGAAUUUGCCACCAGCAGCUGGCGCUCCUCCUGCAUUGGGUGGUAUGGCAUUUCCACCUGUAGUACCUCAGUUUAAUAUACCUCCUCCUGGAUUUGGAGCCCCACCACCUGCUGAAUUGGCUGCAGCAUUUGGUUCAGCUCCGCCCAAUACAGAAUGGACAGAACACAAAGCACCCGAUGGCAGGCCCUAUUACUAUAACAACAUUACCAAACAAAGUUCCUGGGAGAAGCCAGAGGUGCUAAUGACGCCGGCAGAACGCUUAAAGCAUCAGUGUCCAUGGAAGGAGUAUCGUUCGGAUGCCGGAAAAGUCUACUAUCAUAAUGUUACCACUAAAGAAUCGAGAUGGGAUCCACCUCCAGAAUUUUUAGAUAUGCAGGCAAAAGUAAAAGCUGAAGAGGCAGCUGCGGCGGCUAAAGCUGUUGCGGCAAUGACCUCUUCCAGUUUGGCUGGAAUUGUUCCUCCUGCAGCGUUGGCCAAAAUAUUGCCUGCCACAUUACCGACAGUAGCAAAAAUUCAUACACCCGAUAUUCAUUCUCCCUUAACUCCUGGUAGCAAUGAAAAUUCUUCGUCUGCAUUGGACCAGGCAAUGGCUGCAACCUUGGCUGCAAUAGAAAUUCCUGCCUCUAACAAAGAGGAUAAAGAAAAUAAGAAGGAGUCACCAGAUGAAAACAAGCUUGUUUUUAAAGACAAAAAAGAAGCCAUUGAAGCUUUUAAGGAGCUGUUAAAAGAGAAGAACGUUCCCUCCAAUGCAAAUUGGGAUCAAUGUGUCAAGAUCCUUUCAAAGGAUCCACGCUAUAGCUCCUUCAAGCAUUUAAAUGAAAAGAAACAGACCUUCAACGCUUACAAAACUCAGAAACUAAAAGAUGAGAAGGAAGAGGCGCGUCUUAAAGCUAAGAAGGCUAAAGAGGAUCUGGAAAAGUUUCUCAUGACUAGUGACAAAAUGAAUUCAACACUACGGUACUAUAAAUGUGAAGAGUUAUUUGCAAACAACAGAAUUUGGACAUCAGUUCCGGAGCCAGAUCGUAGAGACAUUUACGAGGACUGCAUUUUCAAUUUGGCAAAACGUGAAAAAGAAGAGGCUCGUAUGAUGAAAAAGAGAAACAUGAAAGUGUUAGGUGAACUGUUGGAAUCAAUGGCAUCUAUAACAUAUUCGACAACAUGGGCUGAAGCUCAAGUAAUGCUUUUAGAGAAUUCCGCUUUCAAGAAUGAUGUCAAUCUACUGGGCAUGGACAAGGAGGAUGCUCUCAUAGUGUUUGAGGAACAUAUACGCACACUUGAACGUGAGGAGGAUGAAGACAAAGAAAGGGAAAAGAAGAGGCAAAAGAGACAGCAACGGAAAAACAGGGAUAACUUCCUUACACUUUUGGAUUCACUGCACGAGGAGGGGAAACUUACUUCAAUGUCGUUAUGGGUUGAACUCUACCCUAUUAUUUCGGCUGACAUUCGUUUUUCUGCAAUGUUGGGACAGCCCGGAUCAACACCUCUAGAUCUUUUCAAAUUUUAUGUUGAAGACCUGAAAGCACGCUAUCACGACGAAAAGAAAAUUAUCAAGGAAAUACUAAAGGAGAAGCAGUUUACAGUAAAGGCCAGCACAACAUUCGAAGACUUUGCCACCGUCGUCUGUGAAGACAAACGAUCUGCUACUUUAGAUGCAGGCAAUGUUAAGCUUACAUAUAAUUCCUUGCUUGAAAAGGCAGAGGCAUUGGAAAAGGAACGUUUGAAAGAGGAAACCAAACGUUUGCGAAAAUUGGAGAAUGAAAUCAAGGCUGCAUGGUUGGAAGCGAACGUAUCGCCACACGAACCGUUUGAGUCUGCACAGAAACUUGUAGAGCACUUAGAAGCGUAUGCUAUCUAUGAAAAAGAACUUGGAGUUCGCAAGAUUUGGGAUGAUUUUGUUAGAGAAAGUGAAGAUGCAUGUACGCAUCAUCACUCACGGUCAAAGAAAUCCAAAAAGAAUAAAAAACACAAAAAACGCCUGCGUUCCAGCUCGCGAUCUGAUAUUGAAAAUGAUCCCGCCGAAAUUGAAAGAACGCGGAAAAGAAAAUCACGUUCAAGAUCGAUAUCGGUUAGUUCAAGUGUUAGCCUUGAUAGUAUAGACAGAGUCUCCAAAAAGAAGAAAAAGAAGAAGAACAAGAAAUCUUCCAGAGACUCAUCCUGUGAAUCGGAACGUGCUCAUUCUGUGAACGGAUCACCGACAACCUUAGCCAUAGAAGAACUUUUGGCAUCACAGCCCAAGAAAAAGAAGAAAGACAAAAAGAAUAAAAGAGAUAAAGAACGCAAGCAUCACCACGAUAAACAACGUUCCGUUACGCCUCUUAGUCCCGCUGCCAGCAAUCGUUCCCACAGCUCACGAAACGAUGAACAGGCGCUAAGUGAAACAGAGUUAGAGUCGAAAAGGGCUGCCUUGUUAGCUCAAUUGAACGAACAAAUGGAAGAAUGAUUUGGGCAGAUUGUCUAGUUAAUA